AUUUUAGGGAGGAAUGGAGGGAGCGAAGGCGCAGAUGGGGAGCUUGGAGUCGUCGCUUCUCCAAAUCGUCCAAGAACACCAACAGAGGUCCAUUUGGACCAGAGAGCAAACAGAUAAAGCAAAGAAGAAUGCUCUCAGAACCGCCAUGCGGGUUUCUGAGCUUCUGGUUGACACUGUUAAUGGAGGAGUUGAAGAGUCAUUUAUAAAUGAGAAGAGAGUUGAACUUGAAAUUCGUGCUUUAGCUAGUACUAUCAUGCGCUACAAGAAGCAAACAGACCAGUGGCUUGCUGCUUCCCAUGCACUGAACACUGUUAUAAAGGAGAUUGGUGACUUUGAGAACUGGAUGAAGAUAAUGGACUUUGAUUGUAAAAGCAUAAAUGCUGCCAUCCGAAAUAUCCAUCAGAUGUGAACUCAUGAAUAAGGGCUAUAAUCCAUGCCAAGUUAAUGUCUCAAAGUUCCAGUGGUGCAUAUUCCGGUACAAAUGACCCUCAAGGUUCUGCUGUUUUGCUCAGCAAAACAUAUGUAGAUGAACAACUAGCAUGCAACUUUGGCUAUUGCUGUUGUUUGAAUUGAUAACCUUGGUUGUUAAGACUCUGCUAAUUUUGAAAACAAUAAAGUGAAUUUUUUUCUAAAGAA